AAUGGCAGCGUUGCUGUCAUUUGGACUUCCUGGUCAUUUCUGUUUUUUGCUGCUACAUCGACCAUGGCUGCUGAGGGAGACUUUCUGGCGAGAUACCGUGCUGUGUCAAAUAAACUGAAAAAGCGUUUUCUGCGGAAGCCCAAUGUAGCAGAGGCAAGUGAGCAGUUUGGUCAGUUAGCCAAGGAGCUAAAGCAGCAGGACUGUCUGCAGUAUGCAGCCUUUUGUAACCUUGCCAUGGCUCGGUGUGAGCAGACUCUUUUUAAUGCUCCCGGAGAAGCCUUGGCAUUAACUGAUGCUGCCCGCCUCUUCCUCUCAUCUGAGAAGGAGAACAGGGCCCUGCAGGCCCCAGGCUUUGAUGAGCACCUUCAGGCUGCGCUUAACUGCUACAGCUUUGCAAUUAAGGUGUUCAUUGAGAUGAACCAGCCUGUGAUGGCAGCCAGUCUGUGUCUAGAACUUGGAAAUGCUCUCAAGGAGAUGAACAGACCAGGAGAGGCCAUUGUUCAUUAUCAGAGGGCUGCAGAGUUGCAGACGCAGACACCCAUUGAAGCUCUGCUGUCAAUGGGGGAAAUAGCCACAUGUAAAAUUCUUACCCGUGACUAUGAUGGUGCUUUGUCAAUGUUCACAGAGAUGCAGUUGAUGUGUCAAGAGAGAGGGUUGCAGCUGCCAGGCACCAGCACCCUUGUUGGUGCAUUUCUAGACAUUGUGGCAAAAUGUGAGAUCUCCAGGGUACUGCUGCUGAUGCUGCUCGAGCCUCCUCCUCAAAAGUUGUUACCAGAACAUGCACAGACCCUGGAAAAAUAUGCAUGGGAGUCCUUUGACCCUCACAGCCAAGUGACCUUCCUGCCUGAGAAUGUUUUCCUGCUCCUGCAGUCAGUCGUGAUGGCGUGUCAGGAGAAAGACACCGAGUCCCUCAAGUCUCUUCAGACUGAGCUGUGGCCACUUCUGACAGCUGAGCAAAACCACCUUCUCCACCUGGUGGUUCAGGAGCGAAUCACGCCGUCUGGCCAAGGCAUUUAGUUCAGUCCAGUUUUUAUUCACUUCCUCUGGGAACAAUACCUCAGAUAAUGGAACAUUCCUCUUUCUGACUGGGUCUGUUUUAAGGCCUGAAGAUCUUCAAUGUUAUAACUUAAUUCAGACAAACACAAAAAUGUGCCCUUAUGUUGCGCAUAUUUAGAAACAGGAAACAAUCUAGCAGCAACUUGUACUGUAUGUUGUCCUGUAGUAUCAUAAAUCUUGUGUGCUCUAACCUGAGUGAAAGCUAUAAACUCAUAUGUAAUAGAGACCUUGUGGAUAUACCAGUUGAACAGAUGACACACCCAUACCUAGAGUUAUUUGUUUUAUUAAUAAAUGAUAUGGCUUUAUUCCAAUGUAAUUACAAACAAAACCUUCUAUUGUCUAAAUCUGUAAAAUUGGUGAAAUGAAACACCAUUGUCCUCCAUCCCUGGUUCACUUUAUGUUCACUUGUACAAUUUUCAUGUACUUUUCAUAGGAUAGCAGCCAACUACAGACAUAAAAUCAAACAUGAUAAAAAAACAAAACACUGCAUACAAAAUGUUACAAAAAUAUAAUGGUUACAAUGUGCAUAGAUAAAAAAGGAUACAUUAUACUUCAGUUGUAAAAUAAUGAUACAUGAUUAAAUCUACUUGUACUGUGAAUUAAGGCUUGUUUUUCCCUAAUUGUUCAAGUUCUGCACUAGGAAUGUUGUAAUGUUGCCAACACACUGUACCUUCUCAGAUACAGUGUGUUUUUCUCUUCAUUCCUGGACUCUUGGAAACCUGCAGUAGUAGCUGUCAGCCUCACUAUGUUUAAACACAACAAUAAGUACUUUGAUCUCACAGUAAAGUCUCAACUACUAGAGCUCAAAAGGGCCUUUAAUGAGAACAUUACCCUCACCAAAGCAGUAGUUUGACAUUUUGGAGGAUACAUAUGAUGUAUGCCUUUUUGUUGUUAGAUGAGGGAACUGAUUUCACUUGCGUCAGUACAUAAGGGAUGAUUUAUCUUGGGACAGACAUUUAAAAAUAGAAAUAAAGUC